AUGCCUUUGCAACGAGUCGUAACAUUAUCUAAUAUAUUACUUCAGAGCAGUCGCUCCAGUUACGUAUUUAAUACAAAAUGCCAUCAGAUAAACAAGUACAAAUGUUUCACAACAACCAGAUUAAAACAUACAAAAGUACUAAAAAGCGAAAAAGAAAAAUUACGGACAUAUGUUGUACAGAGGUACAUCGACUAUGUCAAGAACUACACGAAUGUCUUAGAAAACAGAUUUCCCACUGCAGUGAAAAUGUACAGAGUGUUUAGUGUGGGAAUCAAAGAUUUUCUACGAGAUCUCAAAACAUAUAUAUCGUUACGAAUCAAAAUCACAAAGGAUAAAGGAUUUAGUAAAAUGACAAGGCAAGAGAUUGAAUUAUUUCAGAAGAUGCCUUCAGAUAUGUGGAGAAUAGCACCAGUGCUGAUACUUUCUGCAGUCCCUUUUGGAAACUAUGUUAUUUUUCCUUUAGCAUUUCUAAAACCAAGGAGUCUCCUCUGCUCCCAUUUCUGGUCUAUACAACAAAAAUUAGAAUUUUCAACCCAAGAUUUGGCCGAACGUUUGCGGAAUAAUAAGCCUGUGUUCCGUGCUCUACAGGCAAAAUUGGAUGCAAUACCAAAUAAUGAGGUUAGGGAUAGAUGGAAGAGAAUCUUAGGAUUACUUGGCUCUGGAGUACACCCUAAAACUGAUGAUGUUUUAGCAUGUAAACAAUUGUUUAUUGACAAUGAACCUUAUGAACUAAGCAAUUUGACCUAUGCACAUGCGGGUCAUCUGCUAAAAAUGCAUGGUUUAAAGAGAACAAUAUUUAGAAAGAACAAAUUGAAGUACAGAGCAUUUCUGUUAAUGGAGAUGGAUAAAGCUAUCAUCAGGGAAGGUGGAGUGGAAGCUCUGACGAUGGACACGCUACGAUACGCUUGUCACAUAAGAGGUUUGAACGGUAGUCAUCUAACAAACCAAGAAAUGAAGAAUUGGUUGUUAAAAUGGUUGAAAAUAUCACAAAAUGUUGAUAAAAAUUCAUACUCGCUCUUGUUACACGCGCCUAUUUUCUUAGCUUACAAUCAUCCACAAAAUUGGGUGUUAAUAUACUAA